AUGGGGCGCACAAAACGCACAGAUGGCUCCCAGACACCAAGGGGGCACCCCCCUAGCACCCAUGCUGGACCCAUGGACGGGUACUUGACACCCGCAACGAGCACGCUCCAGGAGGCCGCGUGCUCCAACAUGGCCGGCUCCCCGACCAGGCCGACGUCUGAUGGCGGCGAAACCACGCUGGCGGACAUCAGUGCCGAGAUCAGGGCACUCGCCGCAACAAUGGUUAUCAAGGAGGACCUCCGCGGCCUCUCUGAAACCCUGCAUGCUGUGAUACACACAGAGGUAACUACACUUAGAGCAGACUUGGUGGCGCAAGACAGCAGACUUCAGCACUUAGAAACAACCACACAAGCCCACACAGCUCAAGCGGAGGCCUGUAACCUAGCUAUCACCAGAUAG